CGGGCACGGGCACGGCGGGACACAGGCACACAGGAGCGUCCUUACCGAGCGGGGUUCCAUGCAGGACACCUCCCGUCAGUUCCAUGUUUGGAUCUCCUGACUUGGAUCUGUCUCUAAUAGCAGUUGCUGCUGUUGUCUUGCUUCACUCAUUACCCCAGAGAAAGAGAUAACUCUCAAGGUUUAAGCUGGUAUCAAACUAUAAGCAGAUCUACAACAAUGCAAGGACCUCCACCUGCCACAGCACCUGGAAUGCCCUAUGGCUCCCCUCAGCAGGUCCCUGGGACAUACCAAGGGAACUAUGGAUUCCAGGCGCAGCCCAUGGGGUUCCCAGGAGGAUUUGUCGCUCCACCUGUCCAGAGCCAGCCCACCAUGGGUGGGACAAUCUGGAUGCCUAUCCCUCCUUCUAUUCCCAACUGCCCUCCUGGACUGGAGUACCUCACACAGAUUGACCAGAUAUUAAUUCAUCAGCAACUUGAAAUUCUUGAAAUUGUGACUGGCUUUGAAGAAAACAACAAGUACGAGCUGAAGAACACGCUGGGACAGAGGGUGUACUUUGCGGCAGAGGACACGGACUGCCUGACCAGGAACUGCUGCGGGCCCUCACGGCCCUUCACCAUGAGGAUCAUGGACAACCUGGGCCGCGAGGUGAUAACGCUGCACCGGCCUCUCCGCUGCUCCGCCUGCUGCUGCCCCUGCUGCCUGCAGGAGCUGGAAGUCCAGGCACCUCCAGGAACAACAAUUGGUUAUGUUGUCCAGAACUGGCAUGUCUGCCUGCCAAAGUUUACCAUUCAAGAUGAGAAAAGAAAGGAUAUUCUGAAAAUUACUGGCCCAUGUGUUGUGUGCCGGUGUUGUGAGGACAUUCAUUUUGAGGUGAAGUCUCUGGAUGAGACUUGUCCUGUUGGGAGGAUUUCUAAGCAGUGGACUGGUCUUGUGAGGGAGGUGUUUACAGAUACAGAUAACUUUGGAAUCUCAUUCCCAAUGGACCUUGAUGUGAAGAUGAAAGCUGUCAUGAUUGGUGCUUGCUUCCUGAUCGACUUCAUGUUUUUUGAACAUAGUGGUAAUUGAGCAUCUGCAAGCGGGAGUUUGGUAAUGAAAUCUAGAUGUUCUCUAUGGAAGGAAGAAGAACAUGGAUCUCCCAACUUUCCAAUGAAUUGUAGCCCUCCAGUAAGAAUAUGAGAAAUGUACAUGUUAUAGUUACAUUUCUGUAAGCUAAAAGUUUUAUGGUCUUUUCUAUUAUUUGUUUAAUAUGGUGAAAUAAUUUGUAGUAUUCAAAUAAGGACUCUAUCUGUACAGAUCAAUAAUAUAAUUUAGAGAAAUAUAUAGCAACCUUUUUUUUCCCAAGAACUCUGUAAUUUUAAAGUAAUUAAUUAUAGUAGUUAUUUAUAACUGCUAUAAUAAUACUUUGAUUCCUAAAAAAGAGGACUGCUUCUAUAUUCAAUAUUAAUAAUAACCUAAGCCUAAUAAGGAGAUACUGAUAUUUUCAUGGGUAUUCUUCUUUGGUAGUUUUGCCUUGAUGUUCACAUUCUGUUGUUUCCAUCUAUCCAAUAUAUACAUUCAGAGCAAAGUAAUGCAUUUGGACAGAACUAUCUGAAAUGGGUGUAAAAUGUUAUUACUCUGGUGUGCUGGGUGUGUGUGAGCUGGGGUUCAUUGCCCCCAGCAGCCCUCACAGAGCUGUGCUUUGCACUGCUGAUAACCCAGCGGUGUUUUGGUGCAGCUGAGCAGUGCUGGCCCAACAGCAGCCCUGUCUCUGCAGCAUCCCACCUGCCUUGAGUAGGCUGGGGGUAGGCAAAGUCCUGGCAGGGGACACAGCCAGGCCAGCUGCCACAAAUUGGCCAAAGGGACAUUCCACACCGUGUGACAUCAGCUGGGAUAUCAAAGAUAAGAAAAGGAGGAGGAAGGUCUUGCAUUCAGUUUUAUGUGUUUGCUUUCCCAAGCAAUCACUUCCAUGCUGAAGCCCCGCUUCCCAGGAAGUGGCUGGGCAUUGCCUGCUGAUGGGAAGUAUAGAAUAAAAUUUCUCUUUUUUUAGCUUUGUUUAUGCACACACAAACUUUUGCUUUUA